AUGUCGACAUUCGGCAACUACUUUCGCGUGACGACCGCCGGCGAGUCCCACGGCAAGACCGUCUCAUGUAUCAUUGAGAACUGCCCGCCAGGCCUGUCCCUCGUCGAGGCCGAUAUCCAGCCGCAGCUCAAUCGCCGUCGCCCGGGCCAAUCGGCCAUCACCACCCCUCGCGAUGAGAAGGACCGUGUGACUAUAGGAUCUGGAUGCGAGUUUGGGCGCACAUUGGGCACACCCAUACUCCUGACCGUACCAAAUGAGGAUCAACGCCCUCACGACUACGGCUCCAAGACCAUCGACCUCUACCCGCGCCCCUCCCACGCCGACUGGACUUACCUUGAGAAGUAUGGCAUUAAGGCCUCCUCUGGCGGCGGCCGGAGCAGCGCCCGUGAGACUAUUGCCCGCGUCGCCGCUGGCGCUGUUGCCGAGAAGUGGCUGCGCGAGGCCUAUGGUGUCGAGAUCGUUGCCUUUGUUUCCUCGGUUGGCAACAUCAAGCUCUUUGAGGACAAGCCUACAACCGAUAGCGACGAUAUCGACACCCUUAGUAGCAACCCCAAGUUCCUCGAGCUUGUUGACUCCCUAACCCGCGAGAAGGUAGAUGAGUUCCUUCCCGUGCGCUGCCCUGAUACUGCCGUCUCGAAGCGUAUGGAGGAUAGGAUUGCCGAGCUCCGCGACAAGCACGACUCUACUGGUGGUACCGUAACCUGUAUUAUUCGAGGGUGCCCCUCCGGUCUCGGCGAGCCGUGCUUUGACAAGCUUGAGGCUCUCCUCGCCCACGCUAUCAUGUCUAUUCCUGCUACUAAGGGCUUUGAGAUUGGCUCUGGCUUCCGCGGCUCCGAGACGCUCGGAUCCCGCCACAACGACCCCUUCGUGUCUACCGCCGCCGCCGACGAUGCGACGCCGAGCGCUGGCGUUGGCAUUCCUCCCUCCCGCCUGCAGACCAAGACGAACCACUCCGGCGGUAUCCAGGGCGGCAUCUCCAACGGCAUGCCCAUCUUCUUCCGCGUUGCGUUCAAGCCCCCCGCUACAAUCUCCCAGGACCAGACUACUGCUCGCUACGACGCUUCGGGCGAGGGCGUCCUGACCGCCAAGGGCCGUCACGACCCUAAUGUUGCUCCUCGCGCGGUUCCUAUCGUUGAGGCCAUGGCCGCUCUGACUAUUGCUGACGCCCUCAUGGCUCAGCACGCGAGGCAGAUGGGCGUGAAGAUUGCCGCAGCUGGACGGUAGUGCAUUUCAGAGUACGAGGGCUCAAAGAUCAAAAGCGUUAGAAGAAUACAUUGUUUAUUAGACUUCGGCCCUGUCCAUGUUCUGUCCUUCCCUGAUGAAACCGAAAAUGCCUUUAAGCCCGGGCCGGAGGGACGAGCUUACACUACAGCGAUGGUAUAUGCCAUAGUACUGUUCUGUUCUUCCUCUGUCUGCUUGACAAGUUCCUUCGCACGACCAGGAGCAGCUUUUCGACAACGCGUGGCACACUAUUGCGCUGGUGGCAGAGGACCUGGAGAUGUUCGAAGCCUCAAGACAUGCCCGAUUGGCGAGCACAACGAGAGCAUUCUCCUUACAUGGCCGAAGGUCGGCGCUGGCGCAAGAGGAUGCGAAGGGUGUUUCGUCAGCGACGGUGACAGAAUCCGGCCGUUCGAGGAAGACAAAACAGACAGUGGUAGAUGGUGAAAGAUGAAGCGUCGGCGAGCGCCUUGAGCGACAAUUGCUCCUAGUAAUCCUAUGCAUCCCACUAUAAAACUUAUAUUCGGA